GAGCAGGGACAAUAGCGCAGCGCUCCACUCAUUUUCUUCCCCCUUUCCCUUCCAACCCCGGGAGCUCAUGGGGACAGGCAAGAUCUAGACAUAGCGAAAGAGAGGGAGAUAGAGAUCGACAGAGAGAGAGAGAGAGUGUGACAUGCCCUGUCACGCUAGUGUCGACUGCUCCCGUGCCGACCUUCUUCCCUGGCUGUCAGGAAAAGGAAUGUUUUCCGGAGAGAUGAAUCCCUGAACCCGUUCACCAUGAGGAUGUGGGACAGCGAUUUCCAGAUCCUUGCCGGAAGAAUCCCUCGGAAAAAAGAGCAGCCGCCUGAGAAGCUAGUAGCUGAUCCUGUGUGGACUCCUGGGUCACAGUGCUGAGGACUCUCUCCCCUUCACACCGCUGAAGCAUUACAGCACUGCUUUCUUGUUUUGCUCGUUGUCAUAUUGGGUGGAUUUUGUUUAUAGUUGUGUUUACCCUGCAUUUUUUGGGGGGGGAUUUUUUAUGCUCCAAACUGCUUUUGUUAAUCCAAGCAGGGGUGGCCUUGCAUUAUGUAGUCCAUUCAUAUUCCAGCUGCUGAUAACAUGACUCCAUAAAGGCUGACUUUGUGCCCAACACUGGAAUGACUAAGUGGACCUCCAGUGUCAUUACUAUGGUAUAGAGCACAGAGCAGUCUAAGGGGCAGGCAGGCAUGAUGUUGUUUUGGGAGUGGUCACAGUGUGUGGAGGGCAGUGUGUGUAGAUAGAGUCUUAAAGGUUAGAGGGAAGAUUCAUCACGCGGCUUCAUGAAGCCUGGACUCUGCCACGGGGCGAGGGAGAGGACUAUGAUGCACCUCAGCAACUUCCCUUUCAGGAGGCACUCAUGGAUAUGUUUCGAUGUGGACAACGGCACAUCGUCGGGGCGCAGCCCGCUGGACCCCAUGGCCAGCCCGGGGUCUGGGCUCAUACUGCAGGGGAACUUUGUCCACAGUCAGCGGAGAGAGUCCUUCCUCUACCGCUCUGACUCGGACUACGAACUGUCGCCCAAGUCCAUGUCCAGAAACUCCUCCAUCGCCAGCGACAUUCAUGGCGACGAUAUGAUUGUAACACCAUUUGCACAGGUUCUAGCCAGUCUAAGAACUGUACGGAAUAAUUUUGCUGCAUUAACCAAUUGUUCACAAGACAGAGUGUCCAACAAGAGAUCACCCAUGUGUAAUCCACCACCCAUCACCAAGACCUCAUUCACAGAGGAGGCCUAUCAGAAACUGGCCACUGAGACGCUGGAGGAGCUGGACUGGUGCCUGGACCAGCUGGAGACCCUGCAGACCAGACACUCAGUCGGCGAGAUGGCCUCCAACAAGUUCAAGAGAAUGUUGAACAGGGAGCUCAGCCACCUGUCUGAGAUGAGCCGCUCUGGGAACCAGGUGUCGGAGUUCAUCUCCAGCACCUUCCUGGACAAGCAGCACGAGGUGGAGAUGCCAACUCCGCAGACGCAGAAGGAGAAGGAAGACAAGAAGAACAGGCCCAUGUGUCAGAUCAGUGGGGUGAAGAAACUGCAGCAUAGCUCCAGCCUCACCAACUCUAACAUACCCCGCUUCGGAGUCAAGACAGAGACAGAGGACGAACUGGCUAAGGAGCUGGAGGAUGUAAAUAAAUGGGGCCUUAACGUUUUCAAAGUCACUGAGUUCUCUGGGAACAGGCCCCUGACCGUCAUGAUGCACACUAUAUUCCAGGAGAGAGACUUGUUAAAAACGUUUAAAAUUCCACUCGACACCUUUAUAACAUACCUGAUGACCUUAGAAGACCAUUACCAUGGCGACGUGGCCUACCACAACAACAUCCAUGCUGCUGAUGUCACCCAGUCCACUCACGUGCUGCUAUCGACCCCCGCUCUAGAGGCUGUGUUCACCGACCUGGAGAUCCUAGCUGCCAUAUUCGCCAGUGCUAUUCAUGACGUUGACCACCCUGGAGUCUCCAACCAGUUCCUCAUCAACACUAACUCGGAGCUGGCCCUCAUGUACAACGACUCGUCAGUCCUGGAGAACCACCACCUGGCUGUGGGCUUCAAGCUGCUUCAGGAAGAGAACUGUGACAUCUUCCAGAACCUGACCAAAAAACAACGACAAUCACUGCGCAAGAUGGUCAUCGACAUUGUCCUAGCGACUGACAUGUCCAAACACAUGAACCUGCUGGCUGACCUAAAGACCAUGGUGGAGACCAAGAAGGUGACCAGCUCUGGAGUUCUACUCCUGGACAACUACUCUGACAGGAUACAGGUACUGCAGAACAUGGUGCACUGUGCGGACCUGAGUAACCCCACUAAGCCCCUGCAGCUGUACCGCCAGUGGACCGACCGCAUCAUGGAAGAGUUCUUCACCCAGGGGGACAGAGAGAGGGAGAGAGGCAUGGAGAUCAGCCCUAUGUGUGACAAACACAAUGCCUCUGUUGAGAAGAGCCAGGUAGGCUUCAUAGACUACAUUGUCCACCCUCUAUGGGAGACGUGGGCAGACCUGGUGCACCCUGAUGCCCAGGACAUCCUGGACACUCUGGAGGACAACAGGGAGUGGUACCAGAGCACCAUACCCCAGAGCCCCUCACCUACCCUGGACGAGCCUGAGGAUAUCAGCCGCCCCCUUGGAGGGGACAAGUUCCAGUUUGAACUCACCCUGGAGGAGGACGGGGAGUCGGACACAGAGAAGGACAGUGGCAGCCAACCCGAGGAGGAGGAUGAAGAAGAGGAGAAUAGUUGUAGUGACUCAAAAACACUCUGUACGCAGGACUCUGAGUCGACAGAGAUACCACUGGAUGAGCAGGUGGGGGAGGAUGAGGAAGAGGAGGUGGAAGUGGAAGGAGAAUCCUCUUCAUCGCAACCAUCUGUAGUGGAAGAGGAAGAGGAGGGGGAGGAUGAUGAGAAGAAGGGAGAGGAGAAACCAGCCGAUACAUAGCAGUGUAUGGAUGGCAACUAAACUGUUCUUCUUAGUAACCAGAGAUUAUUAUUUAUAGAGUAUUUUGGGGUUUUGUGGAGUGUCUGUCUGUUUUUAUAUAUAUAUAUAUAUAUAUAUAUAUAUAUAUAUAUACAUGUGUUUAUGGUUCCAAAGCGCACGCUGCUCUCCACCCCUUGGUCACUCCUCUCUCCUCAUCCUAUUGGUCAGCUUCUUAGACACGUCCACUGGUACUUCUACAAGUUUUUUGCACUCAGGAAAACUCUUUUCCAUUCACAUUUGUACUGAAGUUGUCUGUGUGUUAUUUAACUUUAAAACCCAGUCCUACUGUGUUGAAGUUACAUUAAGGAUUUUGAUCAGCCGUUUAGAGUGUGUUUAAUGCUGUUUAUAUACAGCAUAUCUCCUCCUUUCAGCCUUGCCUGACUGAUGGCAGUGUUUCUGUGUGUUAUUAAGUGCCGUUCUGCAGAAGUUGCUAUAGUAUAUUUUUUUCUUAGUUCUUUGUACUCCUCAGCAAAGUCAGUGAAGCAAUGUGCUAAGUUGCUGUGUGGUCUGGAUGAAUGAAAGCCCAACAGGACACGUCACCAUGCAGAGAGGACCUGCAGCACAUGGAGAGAAAUGCAUUGUGGGAAUUUAUCAAGACACUUUUCUGAAGUUGAAGUCUUCCUUGAAAACCUGACUGAAAAAAAGGCUAAGAUCUUUCAGCACUAAUGCUAGGUUUGACCUCUAGAGUUUUUGUAUCAUACCGUACGUAUCUUUUUUAGGUUUUACUUUUGCUAUCCUACGUUUUACUUUUGUUAACGAAAAGAAAAAGAGAAGUGACUUGAAAGUCAAAUGAAAUCUGUUGAUGAGAAUACCUCGUCUGCCACUGCUUUUCUGUGUGUAAAAGGGUCAUUUUCUAGUUAUUGUAUUUGGGUUAGUAUUGGGGAUUAUUUGCACUCCUUUAAAUAUAUCCAACCUGGCCUCAGGGCAAUUUGUAGCAUCUGGGACAGACAUUUGCCACUUCCAUUUAGUAUCGCAUGUUACAUUACAAAUGGAAUAGUGGUUGUACAAUAUUAUACGAAUUGGAGGAUGUGUAGUAUCAUAAGUCUUACCUGGUCGAACAAUAUCAUACAAAUUGUUUUAAGUAAGUUAUCGUAUGUCUUGGAGGAUGUCUUUGUCUGAGACCAGGCUGCUUGUUGCGUUGCAGGAUAAUUUACAUUGCUGGUUAGGAGAAUUGACAACAAAGCAGUGGUUGACUUGAGCAGCAGCUCACCAGAGCUGAGUACCGGCACCAAAAAAGCUUCUACUGCUUGAGCUCCUGUUCAUUUGAUAGAAUAUUAGCUCAAAAGUAUUGUGGAGCUCCUGCACUGAAAUAUAAACCAUACCGGCACCCAAAAUGAGUACCAGCACCUAUUUCAGUCUAAGUCGAGCACUGCGACAAGAAUGUACGUAAAACGUUAGAAGAUCCAGGCUGUAUCACAUCCGGCCGUAAUUGGGAGUCCCAUAGCGCGGCGCACAAUUGGCCCAGCGUCGUCUGGGUUUUCCCGGAGUAGGCCUUCAUUGUAAAUAAGAAUUUGUUCUUAACUGACUUGCCUCGUUAAAUAAAGGUAAAAAUAAAUGACAAUAAAAGGUAAGAAUUAGGUUAAGAUUAGGUAAAGGGUUGGGGAAGUGUUAGCUAAAAUGCUACACAUUACUAGAUGGUUGCGGUUUACGCCCACCUAUCCUUCCCGAGCAACCACCCUAAUUUUGUUUCUGUCUUAAGUAACCAGACCAUUAUUCCAUUUGUAACAUAACUGAACAUAUCAUUUUAUGUAAAAUAGCAAAAGUGUAAGUUAUGAGUCCAGUCUAAUAUAUCGCCCAAUUCCAAAUCAACCCCAAGCUCCUACCCUCUGUCUACGCACUUGAUCUGAGAGGAUUGGAUAUAUAUAUUAGUUUCCAAUCCUCUCAUAUCUACAGGAGUGCCCAGGGGGUAGGUGCUCGGGCUCGAUUUGCUGAUUGCAUGUUUAUCAAAAGUAAUUUACACUAUUACUCCCAUACCACUGUCCCCAUGUUUGGUUGUAAUAACCAUGUAACAGUUAUUUCAAAGAAUGUUUUCGCUGAAAAAAAUGACACAUGUUGACAUAUAGGCCUACUUUACUUUACGUUCAAUGAAAUCAUUUUGUCUGACUGACCAGAAGGAAGCCUUUACAUUCUACUUAUUGUUGCCUGCAGUAAAUGUGAGCAAAUGUCAUCUGACAAUGCAAUGCUUGUAUUGGAUAUAAGAAGCACCUUUGGUUAAAGGGUUGUGGAAGUCUGAGGGG